AUUAGUCUUCUCUAUGGGCAUUAGUCAAACUCACACUUUCUUCAGUUUCACCAUAUUCAACCAGGACGUACAGAUGCUAUUGUCCAGGCGCUGUCCGGCUCGGCCUAGAGGUCACCUGACAGUCUCAUGUUGUUUGUUGGAUUUAGUUCAGUGCUAUUCUUAGCGUUGCUCGUGGGUGAGGAAGAGCAGGCUGAGGGAUAGGGAGGAUGGGAAAGCGCACUGGCACAAUUACACAGAUGUCCAGCUGGGCCUCCCCGGAGCUGGACCCCAGUCAGAUCCGCCUCAUCGUCUACCAAGACUGCGAGCGGCGCGGGAGAAAUGUUCUUUUCGACUCCGAUGCCAGAAAGAGGAGCACAGAAGACGCCCCGGUCACGAGGGUGUGUGGAGAGACACAGGCGAAGAUGUUCGGAAGGUGCUGUCAGCUGAGGCCUACAGGGGGCAGCUCCAGUUCUCUGGAUAGCAGCUCAUCCUGCACCUCAGAGCCUAAAGAACAAAGCCGCUUCCAGGGCUCAACCAGGUGCUCAUCAGACGCUAAUAUGCUUGGUGAAAUGAUGUUCGGUUCUGUAGCCAUGAGCUACAAAGGCUCAACGCUGAAGAUUCACCAGAUAAGAUCCCCACCACAGCUGAUGCUCAGUAAAGUGUUUACAGCGAGGACAGGCGGCAGUGUAUGCGGCAGCCUUAACACACUGCAGGACAGUUUGGAGUUCAUCAAUCAGGACUCCAAUUCACUCAGACCCGACCAGAACACUGUAGGCAAUGGCUUCCUAGGCAAUAUAGGUUUCUCUCAGCUCUGCAGCCCACGCCGGGCGUUCUCAGAGCAGGGCCCUCUCCGUCUCAUCAAGAGCGCCUCUUUCUUUUCAGGCCACAGUAACCCCAUGGACAUGCCAGGCAGAGGACCGUAUGAUGAGAGGGACAGUGGCAUCGCCCGAUCAGCAUCUUUAAGUAGUCUGUUGAUCACCCCAUUUCCAUCACCGGGCUCCUCUAUCACCAGUAGCUGUGCUAGUAGCUACCAACGGCGCUGGUUACGCAGCCAGACCACCAGCUUAGAGAACGGCGUCUUCCCUCGAUGGUCUGUGGAGGAGAGCUUCAACAUGUCUGAUGAACACAGCGGGCCAAGCUUGGGCGUUGCACGGAAGAAGAAAAUCGCUAUCGGUGUCAUCUUUCUUCUGUCCCCUAAUGAGGAAGAAAAUGCCAAGUUCCAAGACUUUUUCUUCUCCCAUUUUCCACUUUUUGAGAGUCACAUGAACAAACUCAAAACUGCCAUUGAACAGGCGAUGAUCCAGAGCCGCAGGUCUGCUGAUGCCAGUCAGAGAGCUUUGGCUUACAGUCGGAUGGUAGAUGGCCUCAAUGAAUUCAGGACAACAAUCUGCAGCCUGUACACUAUGCCACGUGUCUCUGAGCCCGUCUGGCUCACUAUGAUGGCGGGUGCACCCGAGAAGAACCAGCUCUGUGGGCACUUCAUGAAAGAUCUGGCCCAUCUCAUGGAACAAGCCUCCAAAAACCAAUUCCUCCCUGCGCUUCUGACUGCUGUUCUCACUAACCAUCUAGCCUGGGUUCCUACAGUCAUGCCUAAUGGUCAGCCACCCAUUAAAAUCUUUCUGGAGAAGCACUCCUCUCAGAGUGUGGACAUGCUGGCCAAAACGCAUCCCUACAACCCACUUUGGGCACAAUUAGGUGACCUGUACGGGGCGAUCGGCUCACCUGUGCGCCUGUCUCGUACGGUAGUGGUUGGUCAACGUCAGGAGCUCGUUCAGCGCCUUCUCUCUGUGCUGACGUACUUCAUCCGAUGCUCGGAGUUGCUGGAAACGCAUCUGCUGGAAAGCGCGGAGGACGAGGCCAUUGUGAUGCCCGGCUCGCUCAUCACCACAUCGCUGCGUCGUGGAGAGGUGGAGGAGUCUGACUACGUGCUAGUUACUGUGCACAAGCCUAGCCAAGACUACCUGUCCCAGGGGGCUGAGACAGAGGAGGACAGCUACCCCUCCAAAGAUAACAGCCUACAGAGCAGCACAUGUACGGAUAAAGAGGCUCCAGAUGGUUGCAGACAUCCGUGUCCUGUUAUGCCGGUUUUCGAUGGGGAUGACAGCAGCGUCUGCAGAGAAGCAGGGAGCGUACGGGUCGAAACUCGACUGGAGACCGUCGUAAAGGUUGGAUCCACCUCGCCGCAUGAGAGUGGAGCCAUGCUUGAGGUUCGGGGAGAUGUGCCGUCGGCAGUGUGGACUGAGGUGGAGGGUGUCGGUUUGCCCAUCAAGAACUUCCGCUCAUCAGACGUUCUGUUAGAGAAGUCUUCACCUGACGAGAGCUCGCUCGCAUCCCGUCAAGAUGGGAAUGAACCCUCUUCCAAAGUCACGUUUCUCAUCGGUGACUCUAUGUCUCCCGAGUCUGAUAUGGAGAGUCGGCAACUCAAGGUGGAAAAGGAGGUCAAGAAACACAAGAAGCUCCUAAAAGACGACCAGUAUAAACCAUGUAAUGGUGUACAGCAGACUGAGGCCAAGGCUAAACCUCAAGUGGACCAAAUCAAGACCAACGACGACAAGACGGGUUUAUUUCUACCGCAGUUGAUCCCAAGGACACAAGGAGACUGUGUGGACAUGUUCGAUGAGUAUUUUAAUGAGGACAAUCCUGUGGAGACGAGGACUAUUGAUGAUGUCUCACAAACAGGGACUGAUGCAGGAAGAGGCACAGAAGGAUCCAAUCGCUGUACAUGUGGUACUGGAAACCUUGGCACAAAUUGCUGCAAAACCUGCUGCUCUUUUGAGCAGGACAGAGGCAUAGAAAUAUCUCUGAGCGUCCCUUCCCUAAUCAAUGAUAGGGGCCAGAAGAAAGCCGUCCCACUGAACGACUGGGACAUUCCUCGAAACGAGAGCUCUGAUAGUGCACUUGGCGACAGCGAGAGUGAGGAUGCGGGACAGGAGAUGGCCAGACAAGAACACGACGGAUCGUUUUACAGCCAAGAGCAGGCCGACUGGCAAGAUGAACUAGAGGUGCCUUUACCAGGGGCUAAGCUGGUAGAGAACUACUCUAAACCAAGUAUUGCCAACUUUGGGAGGUCAUUGUUUGGUGGAUACUGUCCAUCAUACGUUCCAGACUUUGUUCUGCACGGAAUUCCUAAUGAUGAGAAACUGAAGCAAAACAUCAUGUCAGACCUCGCCCAUGCUGUACAGCACCCCGUGUUGGAUGAGCCUAUCGCAGAGGCCGUCUGCAUUAUCGCAGACACUGAGAAGUGGACGGUGCAGGUGGCCAGUAGCCAGAGGCGAUCGUCUGACAAACUGGGUAAAGAAGUGCUCGUGUCCAACCUCGUCUCCGUCCUGCUCCAAUCUACUUGCCAGCUCUACCGUCUCAACGUGUCUCCAAACUUUUGUAUAAUGCAUCUCGAGGACCGGCUCCAGGAAUUGUAUUUCAAGAGCAAAAUGUUGGCGGAGUAUUUGAAAGGACAGACCAGAGUGCACGUGAAAGAGCUUGGCAUGGUUCUUGGGAUUGAGUCUAAUGAUCUGCCCCUGUUGGCAGCCAUCGCGAGCACUCACUCGCCGUACGUUGCCCAGAUUCUCCUGUAGAGGGGACACAGCGAGUUAGAGACUCUUUAUUCCCCGUCAGCAGCAGGGCGGCGUACUCCAGACUUGGACAGACCACUGGCUUCAGCGACCUGUUUAAUGAUCUGAUAUCAGUGUUUAAUGCCUCCUGUGGGAAUCAUCAUCUCAGGGUCAGCAGCCUGCAGGACAGAUGCUCUGCCAAUAGAUGGCAGCAAAGCUACAUGCUGCUGUGAUGCUGUGGCAUUCACAUAUAAAUCCAGAAACGUGACCUGGGGAUAUCACUUUUUUACCUUAUAAAGGGACAUAUGAACUAUAUUUUUAAUUCCAUGAAGCAUAUUUUGUGUUUGUUUUGUUUCUUUCUUCAACCUGUACGAAUGUAGAAGCCAAAGAAGACACACAAUGCGAACAAAUACUUCAGCAGUUAUGAACUUCUUAUAAUGCACCUUCUUGAAAAUGACAUGGGAUGGUUUAUUCAGUAAUUACAGAAUCAGUUUUAUGAUUUUAAAUGAAUAUAUCAGACAAUUCUGCAGUGAUUAUCGCAGUGAUGAUCAAGUAUAUUCCUUCAAUGUGUUUACAAGUGAGCUAACAUUGUUGUGUCCGCCUGAAAAAGAGCUCCUACCUCGAACCUUCGAUUUCACCGACACACUUUUUUCAACAAGUUCAGUGAAACAUUUAAGGUAAACGUUACCAGGAUUACCCAUGAAUGAGCUCUGAGGACUCACCUUAGCAGAACAUCCUGUUAAGGGAAUUUUAUCGGUGUGAUUGUUUAGGACACAACAUGCUUUCCGAAGAGUCCGUUCGGAGGAAACGUGCAGUGGUCACCAUUCACUACAUUUUAUUUGUGCUGCUGGACCUUUUUUAAUAGCGAUUCUGGGACAUUUUCAUUUUUUGAUUGAAAUGCUGAUAUUUUUAAUGCUAUGACUCCACUUUGCUUGCAGCUCGACCGUGUUUACUGCUGAAAUGCCUGCAAAGAGCGAAUGAAUCAGAAGAAAUGCCUCAAAGUCUGUCGAGAUAAUCAUGGUGUGCUUUCACAAAAAAGCUAAAGGGAAAUCGAAUUUGUUUGACACGUGUUGCAUAGAUGUUUAUGAUUGGCUUAUUUUGUCUUUGGGUCAAAGUGCGCAUCGAAGUCUUAAUUGAUGUGACGUUUAAAGAACAAGUUUAGCAAGAGGCAUUGCUGGUUAUUUUGCUGGUUAAAAUGUGUACGACAUGCUUCUGUAUAAAAUUUGUUUAAUUUUGUAAUUUAAAAAAAACAAACAAAUCUGCAUCCAUUUGUCUUCUACUAAAUGUGUAUUUAUAUGUAAUUUCUUUAUACAAAUAUACAUUUAAUUUAUUUACUUAGCAUGCAUUGAUAAAUGUAAGCUGUAUACACUGUUUAAUUUUCCUUUAUGUAUUUGUACAUAAUGCCUCUCUUUGUGACCUUUAUGUUUCCCAAUUUUUAUGGGAAUAUUGUGCAAUAAAUAUGUCCGCAUUACAAA